UGAACUGAUGGCAGGCUUGUUUCAGCGACGAAUGUACAACCGGUGAAGCUCGACAAGACCGAACGUCACGCUAUCACGUCGAGGAAGGAGAUAGAGCAAGAUGGACAUCCCUGAAGAUCACAAGGUCGCAAUCUUGGUGCGGCAUGACGGAACGUAUCAUUUCGAGACAAAGACUGUACCGGUCCCUGAAAUUGCGCCUACCGAUCUACUAGUCCGCCUAUCGGUCACAGGGAUAUGUGGCUCGGACUUCCAUCUAGCAGCAGGACACUCUGGACCGACGCGAGACAUCCUCGGGCAUGAAGGGAUCGGGCGCGUCGUUAAACUUGGGUCCGCGAUUUCGCCGUCCUUCAUCGAUAUCGGCUCCAGGGUAGGCAUUGCUUGGGUGCGCGACCUUUGCGAAAAGUGCUUCUGCUGUCUUGCUCCUGGCGGCGAAGCUCGAUGUCUGGAAAUGCUGUGCUCGGGAUUGAAGAGGGACGGCACGUUUGCAGAGUACGCUGUAGUCCCGUCCAGAUAUGUGGUGCGCAUCCCCGAAGGUGUGCCAGACCAGCUCGUUGCGCCGAUCCUGUGCGGCGGUGUGACGGCAUUCAAGGCGAUCAAGGUCAGUGAAGCGGCGCCAGGUCAGUGGAUGGUUAUCUCUGGCGCCGGAGGAGGAGUUGGAGCGUUGGGCAUUCAGUUUGCGAAAGCCAUGGGAUAUCGAGUGAUUGCGAUUGAUCUGGGAGACGCAAAGCGGGAAUACUGUCUGGAACUCGGUGCCGAAGAGUACUUUGACGCCACGAAGGUUGAUGCCUCUGCUAUCCAGCAACUGACAGGGGGAUAUGGAGCGGCGGCAGUUCUGAUGAUGGCUAACUCGGCUAAGGCGUACGAAGCCGGGCUGGAGUUUGUCGCGCCAUAUGGAGCAUUCGUGUGCGUCGGCAUCCCACCACCUGAGCAAAAAGUGAGCUUUCAUCCUCUAUUGGGCAUCUCAAAGAACAUUCGCAUCAUCGGAUCUGCUGUGGGGACAAGAAAAGAUAUAUGGGACGCCAUUGACUUUGUCAAACGCGGUGUAGUGACACCAAGGGUCGAGAAGGCGGCGCUGGAUGAUUUAACCGAGAUUUCAAAGACAUUCCAAAAGACAUCUGGAAAAUAUGUGAUUCGCUUUCACGAGGAAGAGAAACAGGUCUCCAAUGGGCACUAGAGAAUAGAUUCUCGUACGGAUCCAGUGUCCUAGCGGUUGCAGCCGCAUUCGUAGACGCGUUGUACAGCCAUGAUAAGAUGUACGAUGUAUAUCUUGGUUUUCAAUCAGAGAUCGAGAGAUUGAGUGAUCGACUGAUAUAUUGGCGUAUCGCCUGCAUUCAAGCCUUCCUCUUUAGUGGUCGUCCUUCUCUUCCCCGCAAAAUAUUGGUGGAAACUCAUUUGCCUAUAACGACCCCGAACGCA